AUGAAACCGAAAUCUGUCAUGCUUCUCACAUCUCCAAUAAUUCUAGAUGGCCAUCGUCAGAAUAUUGAAUGUCUUGAGUGCAGCAAUGGUGUCAUUGUUAGUUCGUGUCUUGAAGGCAUUGUUCGCGUGUGGGAUGCUAAAACAACUGAAUGUAUCAACGUUUAUGAAAGAGAAAGUAAUCUAUCACAAAUUUGGGCGUUAUGUACCUGGGAAUGUUUUAUCGCCGUUGGAUGUACUAAUGGGAAUCUUGAGAUUUGGAACAUUUCUACUGGAGUAAAUUGCUUCCUUUAUGAAGAUGAUUCUUCAGGAGUAACUGCUAUCCGUUAUAUUCCUGAAAACCGCACUAUAGUUGUAUGUAGACUGAAUGGUUACAUUGAAUUUACCGAGCUUGGAAAUCGAUUGCUUCCUGAUUUUUCAUCAGCUAGCAAUAAAAAUGGUUUACUUGCGAACUUGCGAAAAAAGACGCAAUCCAAUCCAUCAUCAUGGAGAUUUAUUAAAGACAGCGUCUCAAAUCAACAGUUUAUCUGUCAUUUUAAUCGAGCUCAUGGGAAGACUGUCAGUGUUGUUGAAAUAUGUAAGGAUUUGGUUAUCACUGCAAGUUUUGAUAGCCUGUUGAAGGUAUUCCGUUCGCAGAAUGGUGUUUGUCUAUUUACACUUCGAGGGCAUACGACGACCGUUACUGCUCUUCAAACCCAGCCUGAAAUAGGUGCCAUUAGUGGCUCGUCGAAUGGUGAAAUGCGGAUGUGGAGUUUGAUCUCAGGUGAAAGUGAUCGUUUUUCGUCCAAACAUUCAGCUUCUAUUGUCGCGAUAGUUUUUACACUUUCGUGUAUUGCAAGUCUCGACAUCGCUGAAAUGUUAUGUAUUUGGGAUCUUAAUACGAGACGUUGUCUUUAUAGAUGGUCAAGAACGCAUUUUCCUGGUGGUUGUCUCAGUCUUACUGAAAUGUCAAGAAAUACAAUUGUUUGUGCUGGUAGAGAUAGUUUGGCAGUCGUAGAACUGACUCGAGGUCAAGUAUUAAGAGUUGUUGAACUAGAGCAGAAAUAUGACCACGUUUUUAUAACUCGCGUAUUGAAGUGCGAAGAAAAUAGUGUGGUUUGUGAUUAUGGCGAAAGACUUGUUAUUUUAACUUUUUAUGAAAAGGAAGAUAAGAGUAGUUAG